GUUGAAGUUCGUGCACCAAUAAACGCUAGCUCAAAAGUUCUAGGCACACAUCGUCCGCACUAUUUGUGGUUCGAAGCUACUCCGCCACCGUUACCGUCCACGAAUUCGUCUCCACCCACUCUAUCCGAACGAAACUCCGAAGAAGCGCACACACUUUUACUGACCGUAGAACAAUGGACACUACGUCAUUACACGAAUCGUCUUGAGUAUGAGCGAGGACUACAUUCGGAAUCUCGCGUAUUCCAUUUAAUUUUCUUGUUACUUUUCUAUGAUAUCCUGUUCGAUGACACGAUUCCGGACGUGUUCUAUUCAUAUCGGCAAAGCGAACCUUUAGAUCUAUGCUCGGACGAUUUCUACCCCUCACGCCGCUCUGCUAUUGACGAACGUUUAUCAUGGAUAUCUCAAGCCGAACUUCCCCCGGAUGACACAGUAAAUCGAGGUCCGAAGCUGAACGGACUCUGUCCUGUAACAACAUUUUACACUCGUGGUGCAAAAUACACUAAAAGGUUUGUAACUUAUCUCGAUCUGCAUUCGAGAGUGCAAUGUCAUUGGCGUGCUCCAUAUCAGACAACCUGGGAGCUUAUCAAUGACGCCAUCCUCAAUCUGAGACAGAGCCGUUUCCGGAAUCAUAUCUAUUGGAAAGCUGAAGCGGACAUUACGCCUCAGUAUGGUGGUAAUGACUGUUACUUGGGGAAUUAA